GUCACUAUGACAGUUAUUGGCUUGGCUUCUGCUGACUCUUAUGUUAUGCAGGCCUCGCUGUAAUAUUUAUUGAAUAAAUUCAGUUUCUAUAAGUUGAGUCGUAGCAACUAUAAUAUAUUCUAGUUUUUAGAUUCAUAACGAAAACUGGUUUUUAUACUAACUCAGGCGGAUGAAUUUUAAAUGGUACUAAAGUUUUGAAUAAAUUGAUUAUAUUUCGCAAUGUAUAACCUAAAGGAACUCGAAGAAAAUGCAAAAAGUGCAGCGACCAAGCAUGUCAUCAACAUGCUGCAGCGGCCAGGACAGCUGGAAAAAGUCGAGCAAUACAAACACAGAAUCGGUAGAAAGAAAGCCUCGGUGGAAACUAUGUUAAAGACGGCCAUGCAAAGUCAACUGGACGGUGUCAAAGUGGGCUUUGAUCAAUUGCAAAAUUCAUUGACAAGCAUUAAAAGCAUUGAGGAAGAUUUGGAUUCUUUUGAUUCAUUGUUCGACUCCAUACCAACUCUCAACAAUCAAUUGCAAUAUGUGCAAUCAGAAAAUAUGAAACACUCUCAGUAUGUUAUUGCGAAAGAAAAUUUGAAACACAUUUUCACAGUACCUGAAAGCAUAGAGAGAACAAAACAAUGGAUCAAUGAGAGUAAACUGCUACAUGCGCAUCAAAGUCUCAUGGAUCUUGAGAGUUCUAGAGAUGAUUUGAUGUAUGAACUCUACAGAUUGCCUAAUGAAAAGCCAGCAGAUAAAGUAAUGCUCAAAGCUUAUUUUGAAGAUGUUGAAGAACUGUCUCAUCGUCUAGAAAAACAAAUAAAAUUAAUUCUAAGUAGAACAUUAAAUACUGUCAGAAAAGAACCUACUAUAAUAGUUACUGUGUUGAGAAUAAUUGAAAGAGAAGAAAAGGCUGAUCAAUUUGCAUUACAGCGAUACAAGCAAAGUGGUGGUUUUAUGCCUCCAGGACGACCAAAAAAAUGGAAAGAAGUAGCCUUGGAAGUAAUUGAAAAAUCUGUUGUUGAGCGCAUUGAAGGUACUCACAUUGACCAAAGAAAUGAUAAUAAAAUGUGGUUGGUUAGAUAUUUGGAACUUACAAGAUUAAAUUUUCUGGAAGAUUUGCGUGUAAUUAAAACUCUAUGUGUUCCAUGCUUUCCACCAUCCUAUGAUAUUGAGAAUAAAUUUAUUACAAUGUAUCAUUCAAAUUUGUCGCAACACUUGAAAGAUAUUAUAAAUGAUGGAUUAGAAGGAAAUGAGUAUGUAUCAUUACUUUCAUGGAUUUUAAAUACCUAUCAAGGUGCAGACAUGAUGGGCCAUCCAGAUUUGAAAAUAAAUUUGAAAAGUAUUGGUUCAUUGAUUGAAACAGAAAUUGUUGAAGAACUGCAAGAAAAAUAUUUGAAAAAUAUGUUACUCAAUUAUGAAGAUUGGAUGAAAAGAACUUUGGAAACUGAAAAAAUUGAUUGGUGGGCGAAAGUAACUCCUGAAGCUAAUAUGCAUGAAAUCUAUUAUCACACCGCAGCUCCAGUUAUUAUUUUUCAAAUGAUAAGUCAAAAUCUUCAAGUUACCAAAACUGUUGGACCUACACUCACAUCCAAAGCUCUCAUAUUAAGCAUAGAACAAGUUAAUAAGUAUAGUUAUCUGUACCGUCAGGCUAUAAUGGAAUUCAAAAAUAAGCACUUUGAAGAUAGAAGUCAAUCACCCUACUUCACCCACCAUAUGAUCAAUGUAUUGAACAAUUGUUUGAAGUUUAUUGAAUUGUCUCAACAAAUUAAACAAUUAUAUUGGGUACCAUUUAAUAAUAAUGAUGCCACUGUUAAGUUUGAGGAACUUAUUGACAGUUAUCAAAAACUUCGCAAUGAAGCUGCAGAAAUCCUUUUACAAGAGUCAUUUUUAGAUUUGGAACUUCAUUUCCAUGAACUUUUAACUCAGAAAUGGUUGCUAUCGACUAAAGCUAUUGAUACAAUUUGUGUUACCUUAGAAGAUUAUUUCCAAGAUUACACUCACUUAAGUCCAAAAAAUUUUGACUAUGUAAUUUCUGAAGCUCGAAACUUGAUAGCAAAAAGAUACAUAACUUCAAUGUUACAACGUAAAAUAACAUUGAAAAGUUAUGAUGAAUGUCUUACUUGCAUCACAAAAAUAAUUUUUGAGGCAAAUCAACUCAUAGCUUUUUUUUCCAAAAUAGCACCAAAUAUGCAGUUAGAGUCAUUUGAAAUAAUAAAAAAAUUAGCAGAAGUAGUGAAAUGCAAGGAUCCAGAAAUGUUAUCAUUGGAUUUGCAUUCUUUGGUGGAAAGAUAUCCAGAUCUAUCAGAGGAUCAACUUGUCAGAUUACUUCAUUUGCGUGGUGAUAUACCAAGAAGCGAAGCAAAAGAAAAAGUAUCAUAUAUUAUGGAAACUCAUCAUAAUGGCCAGAAAUUACUAAAAUACGAUCAGCAAAGUAUAUUUAGGCAAAUUGUAUUCCAAGAUGGAUUUUUGAAUUGGAAAUCUUAAAAUUGUAAAUGAAUUGUUAUUGAAUAUAAGUUUUUUAUUAUAUAUUUAUACAUAAAAUUAUUAAUAAAAA